AUGUCGCGCGAGGAUAUUGAAAUCAAGUCUUAUGACGAGGUCACACUGCGGGGCUGGUUCUAUCCCCAUGGACCAAAAGCCCCAGUGAUAAUCAUGUCUUCCGGGAUGGCAGGGAUCAAAGAACACUUUCUCGACAAGUUUGCGGAGCGGUUCCAACAGGCCGGCUUUGCAGUACUUGUCUAUGACAACCGGAACUGGGGAGCAAGUGACGGUAUCCCCCGCAAUCAUACCAAUCACUACGAGCAGAUCCAAGAUGCCCAUGAUGUCGUCACCUAUGCAAGCAAGCGUCCCGACGUAGAUGAAUCUCGCAUCAUUCAAUGGGGGUCUAGUUUCUCGGGUGGUGCCGCCAUUAUUGCUGGAGCGGUCGAUCCGCGCAUCAAAGCAGUUAUUGCCCAGGUACCCUUUGUAUCGGGCCGUGCUGUCCGGGAGCGUCUGCCGCUUGAGACUCUCGAAAAGAUCUAUGCGGAUCGCGGCCACAGUACUGCCCUAAACCCUUCGUAUAUCCCUAUCUAUCCAGAGUCGCUGGAGCAGGCUCGGGAGCAGCCUAAGUCCGCGCUGCUGGGCACGGAGGAAUGCUGGGACUAUUGGCAGAUCAUCAAGAACCUUAAGCCCGAAAAGGAGAACGCUAUCACUCUUCAGACUAUGUUCCAUACUAUUCGGUCGGAACCUAGCGCCUUUGUUGACCAGAUCUCCCCGAAGCCAUUCUUUAUGGCUAUUGCUCUCCAUGACUCGCUCAUAGAUCCAAGUCUGCAGAUUAACGUCUUUGGGAAGGCACAAGAGCCGAAAGAAUUGCUGAAAUUAGAUUGUGGACAUUUUCAGGUCUAUCAGGGGGAGCACUUCGAGGUUAAUGUGCUGGCACAGAUUGCUUUUCUCAAGAAGCAUUUAUAUCUCUAA